AUGUACCGGGCCCUCGUUUCCCUGUCUUCCUCGCGCCUUCUCCGGCGCAAAACACCAGCCCUUGGCCACCUCCAUGAGCAAGACCUACAAGUUUCCGCUCCGCCGCCUUCCCCGCCACCUACACGUCAGACAAUACACAUCUGCCGCGGCCAACCCCGUUCCGGCCGCCCCCGCCGUCCUCCAUGACCUUGAUCACUUGGACUCAGGCGAGCUCGCCCCGACACCGCGCGUUUACCACGCGUUCAUCACAGCCUGCGCGCAAUCCAAGAACCUCGACGAUGCCAGGAAAAUCCACGCUCACCUUGCCAGCUCCCGGUUCGCGGGCGACGCCUUCCUCGAUAACUCGCUCAUUCACCUGUACUGCAAGUGCGGCAGUGUGGUGGAAGCGCACAAGGUGUUUGAUAAAAUGCGGAAUAAGGAUAUGGUUUCUUGGACCUCACUCAUCGCCGGGUAUGCACAGAAUGAUAUGCCGGCAGAGGCCAUAGGACUUCUCCCUGGUAUGCUUAAGGGACGCUUCAAGCCAAACGGGUUCACGUUCGCCAGCCUCCUCAAGGCGGUGGGUGCUUAUGCUGAUAGCGGCAUUGGGGGACAGAUACAUGCUCUCGCUGUGAAGUGUGAUUGGCAUGAGGAUGUCUAUGUUGGAAGCGCACUUCUUGACAUGUAUGCGAGGUGUGGGAAGAUGGACAUGGCUACUGCAGUGUUUGAUAAACUGGACUCAAAGAAUGGGGUUUCCUGGAAUGCAUUGAUUUCUGGGUUUGCAAGGAAGGGCGAUGGAGAGACUGCUUUGAUGGUGUUUGCAGAGAUGCAGAGGAAUGGGUUUGAGGCCACACAUUUCACAUAUUCCAGCAUAUUCAGUGCCCUUGCUGGUAUAGGUGCUCUUGAGCAGGGGAAGUGGGUGCAUGCACAUAUGAUUAAGUCUCGGCAGAAACUGACUGCAUUUGUUGGAAAUACAAUGCUUGACAUGUAUGCAAAGUCAGGGAGCAUGAUCGACGCGAGAAAGGUGUUUGAACGUGUGCUCAAUAAGGAUCUAGUUACUUGGAAUUCCAUGCUCACAGCAUUUGCACAAUAUGGAUUGGGAAAGGAAGCAGUCUCCCAUUUUGAGGAGAUGAGGAAAUCGGGCAUUUACCUGAAUCAAAUCAGCUUCCUUUGCAUUUUGACUGCUUGUAGCCAUGGAGGACUGGUGAAGGAGGGCAAGCACUACUUCGACAUGAUAAAGGAGUACAAUUUGGAGCCUGAGAUUGAGCACUAUGUUACGGUUGUCGAUCUUCUCGGACGAGCUGGUUUACUAAAUUAUGCUCUGGUCUUUAUAUUUAAAAUGCCCAUGGAACCAACUGCCGCUGUUUGGGGAGCCUUGCUCGCGGCUUGCAGAAUGCAUAAGAAUGCCAAAGUUGGGCAAUUUGCAGCUGACCAUGUCUUUCAACUUGAUCCGGAUGAUAGUGGCCCGCCUGUGUUGUUGUAUAACAUAUAUGCUUCCACAGGUCAUUGGGAUGCUGCUGCUAGAGUCAGGAAGAUGAUGAAGGCAACUGGUGUGAAGAAGGAACCUGCAUGCAGUUGGGUUGAGAUAGAGAAUUCCGUGCACAUGUUUGUGGCCAACGAUGAUACACAUCCACGAGCUGAAGAGAUAUAUAAGAUGUGGGAUGAGAUAAGCAUGAAGAUUAGGAAAGAAGGAUAUGUUCCUGAUAUGGAUUAUGUGCUUCUGCAUGUAGAUGAGCAAGAGAGAGAGGCAAACUUGCAGUACCACAGUGAGAAGAUUGCGCUCGCAUUUGCACUUAUCCAAAUGCCUGCAGGGGCAACAAUUCGGAUCAUGAAGAAUAUAAGGAUAUGUGGGGAUUGCCACUCUGCAUUCAAAUACAUCUCCAAAGUUUUUGAGAGGGAAAUUGUUGUGAGGGACACUAAUAGAUUCCACCAUUUUAGCAAUGGCUUUUGUUCCUGUGGAGAUUACUGGUGAUUCUACUAAUCUUGGUUGUGUUUAUGAAUCCACAAAGCCAUGGGUUGAAUUAGCAACAGCUAACAAGAACUUUUUUAUACAGUAGGAUAAAUUCUACACCAUGUAUUCCUGCUUGAUUCUUUCUGUUGACAGCAAACAGCUGUGUUUUCAUUUUGUAGCACACUGAAUUUCGCAAGUUGCAAAAACAACAUAAUUAUUUA